AUCCGGUUUGCAAAGUCAUACGGUGAAUUUGACUUUGCACUCUGCGAAAACCCCUUGCCCGAGCCUUCCUCCUUCCUCUUUCCUGUGGCCGCCCCAGGACGUUCUGUAGGACUUGCGCCGGCGCCGCCAUGGCUCCCGCCGUCGUUGCCAAGAAGGCCGCGGGGCCGAAGGGCAAGAAGAAGUCGGUCACGUUCACCAUUGACUGCUCAAAGCCGGUGGAGGAUAAGAUCAUGGAGAUUGCGAGCUUCGAGAAGUUCCUGCAGGAUAGGAUCAAGGUCGAUGGCAAGGCGGGGGUGCUGGGGGAGAAGGUGACGAUUGCAAAGGAGAAGAACCGGUUGCUGAUUACGUCAGAGAGCUUGUUCUCCAAGAGGUACCUCAAGUACCUGACCAAGAAGUACCUGAAGAAGCACAGCGUCCGCGAUUGGCUACGAGUGAUUGCGUCCAACAAGGACAGGAACGUGUACGAGCUCCGGUACUUCAACAUCGCCGACCAAGACGCGGAGGAGGAGGAUUAAGCAAAACCGAACGGCUGCUUUAUUGGACUCUUUUGUCGUGUCGACUGGCGCAUGUGUACUCUAUCCAAACACAACCGCAGCGUGUGCUGUGGCGAUAUUUCUCUUGCCGUGAUGGUCGAUUUCGCAAUACGCUUCCCAGUUUUGCACGUCGUCUUGAUCGAGGUGCAUAUAUCC